AUGAUGGGUCACGGCCUAGAAAUCGACCUGGGCGACGAGGACUGGCCUCCAGGCACCUUCGACUUUGGUUUUGAGGACAACAUCACCGAACUCAUCGAAGAUUUGCUCAACGAAAGCUCAGACUUGGACGACAUUUCAGAUUUCACCGAACCUGAUGGACCAACCCGCCUCCCUCAACGAACGGUCUUCACACCAGGCAGCCCAGAGCAUACCCGAGAGAAGCGCUACACUCCACGUGCAGGGCCAUGGUGCGGCCACGAGACCAUCCUGCGCAGCUGGGCUUCGGCUGCCUCCUCCCCCAAGUGCCAGGACUGUGGAAGGGCUGCUCGAUGUUUUUGGACAUGUACGGCAGACACGCCAGAUCACUCGCCUUUUGUCCCCAAUCCCGAGCCAAUCAGCCGCGAUAUCAGUAUUCUCCCAUUGUGGACGCAGCAGGCCAUCGCCCGGGGUGAAUACACCGAAGCCCAGCUAGAGAAGCUGUUGGAUCAGAAGGUCAAGGUGCUGGAGUUGGCAGCCUCCGAACGACGCCGAGUCGCCCAGCAAGAGGACAAAAAGCCUGCUGAAAGUCCAGAGGCAGCGGCUGCAUCGCUUGUAGAAGCAAUCGUCAACCGACAGAAAGUUGCCAAAGACAACGACAGUGCCUCGGAUGAAGUCAACACCCCCAGUCCUCAAAUAACACUCAGCGAGGCCGUAAUCUGCAGAUUACGCGUCUGCAUAAAAUGCAGGCCCCGAUACAUCGAACAGGCCUGGGGCUGUAUCAACGCCAUCGUCAAUACGCCAUACGAAGCACCGCCUCAGAUCCCAGAAUACCUGGACCGACCAAUCUCCAAUGCCGCCGCGCUGCGUUCAAUGCACGAGCAUUGUAGAAAUUGGAACUGGAGUCCUGAUUUCCAGCAGUGGUGGGAAAAGGUUCGGUUCAUUGGCGGGUACGAUCUCCUCCCUUUGCUUUUGAUGGCCGAGAUGAUCGGGGCUAACCAGCCGGAUUUCCUCAAUUUUGUAGCCCAGAUCGUGCUCCGCCAUCGCAUGUCGCACUGGGAGAUGUGUCAUUGCCUCUACUGGUUAAACCCACAGGCGUUUGCGCGGCUCGCCCCGUUUCUAAGCGCCGGCGUGUACUUUCCCCCAUCCGCUCAGUUAAGCCCGGUUGUGGAGUCGGAAUCCCAGCCCUUGGGGGAGGAGACAGAGAAUCAGACUUAA